AUGGUGGCCGGUGGGGCAACGGAUUUUCAGGCGCGGGGCGUCAUCUUACACCCAUUAAGAAUGAAGUGGAUGUUAUUGUUAUUGUUCACAUCAUCAACAUGUCUGAGCUACCGCAUACUGAGCGUGCAGCACGCGCCAUCCAAGAGCCACUACAACCUGAUGAUGGGACUUGUAAAGCCCCUACUGGAAGCUGGCCAUGAGGUAACGAUGAUUACAAUUUAUCCCGACAAGAAACCGAUCAAAAAUUUAAGAGUUAUCGAUUUGAGUGUCCUACAAAAUGCAGUUGAUCAUGUAGACAUAAUGAAGAACGACGCCAAACUAAUGAGGGAGAUGAGACGGGUGGUCGCGAACAUCUCCGCCACCAUCACCGAACACCCCGAAGUCCGCCAAGCUCUGACCGGGGUGAACUACGACGCGGUCAUCAGCGAAUACUUCUUCAGCGACGUUGAAGCUGGGUACGCAGCAACGCUGCAGGUCCCCUGGAUUCAGCUGCACGGGGAGAUGACUCCACACCUCGAGCUGCUGAUGGACUCUCUUCGGGGCGUCGCCACCGUGCCCGUCAUUAUGAACUCCGUCCCCAUACCCAUGAGCUUGGGACAGCGGCUGAAGAAUACUCUAUGGUACUUCCUGAUCUCUUAUGGCUUUUUAAAGGACUAUUCAGCGAGUGAGUUGGAAUACCAGCAGAAGUUCGGUCCGCUUGCCGAAGCUAGAGGGCAUAAGUUGAGGCCAUAUUCUGAAGCCAUACGUGACAUCUCCGUUCUGUUCCUGAACUCCCAUCCAUCAUACGCCGCGGCCCGCAGCCUGCCGCCCAAUGUCGUGGAGAUCGGAGGGUACCAUAUUGACGACUAUGUCCCACCACUACCUCAGGAUUUACAGGAGCUUUUGGACUCGUCUAAAAACGGAGUAGUCUACUUCAGCAUGGGCUCCGUCAUUAAAGCAAAGCUGUUAGCGGAAAAGUUAAAGAAAGACCUGUUGAAAAUGUUCUCUGCACUGCCUUACACUGUGCUUUGGAAAUUAGAGGACAAAAUUGAAAAUCCACCAAAGAAUCUGCACGUCAGGGCCUGGAUGCCUCAGCCGAGUAUACUGUCUCACCCAAACGUGAAGGUGUUCAUAACACACGGCGGCGCGCUCAGCACCAUCGAGUCUCUCCACUUCGGUAAGCCGAUCCUGGCUGUACCAGUGUUUGGGGAUCAGCCCAGCAACGCCGAGCAGUCGGUGCACGCGGGAAGAGCGCUCAUGGUGCCGUACUCACCGGACAUGGUACCAGAACUCAGCGUGGCCUUGAACGAGAUGCUUAGCAAUGACAGCUACUACAAGCGAGCGCAGUACCUGUCGAGUCUGUUCCACAAGAGGCCGCUGCCGCCGCGGAAACUUGUUACGAGUUACGUGGAGCUCGCUAUAGAGAGCAAAGGUGCUCACCACCUCCGCUCAAGGUCGACUCUGUACAAAUGGUACGAAAUUUACAUGCUGGAUCAAGCUGCUGUACUGCUAGUGAUAUUGUACGUCAUUUACAGAAUACUCUGCAAAAUGGCGACUAUCUUAAAACGAACAUUCUCGAAUAAAAAACUUAAAACUCACUGAAAUUGAUAAAUAAUUUUA